AGGCUUCGUUUUGAGUUGAUUAAGCGCAGUUUGGUCAGUACUCAACUCUGUGUUCAACUGUGUAGAGCUAAACUAAAUAUUUAAUUCAAAAUGGCCAAGAUCGCUGUUGUAUUCCUCCUUGUCGCAAUUGUUGCUGUUUGCAAUGGCGCCCGUGUCGUUCGUGAAGAACCCGCCAAAUUCGAUUUUGGUGUGUUCCAGCCUAUUGCCGAUGGUUUUGCAAAAGUACUCAGUCCGGAAAAUAUGGCGGAACUGAAGAAAAAUGCUGAUGAGCUCCUUAGUAAAGCAUCCGCAGAAGGCCAGAAACUUGGUGAUGAGGCACUUAAAAAAUUCACUGAAGCUGCAGACAAAUUCAAAGCAGAAAUGAAUAAAGCGAAGGCUGAUGCUCCAAAAUAAGAGCGAGCAGAGCGAUGGAAUCCUAAUAAAUGCUUAAGAACUUGC